AUGGCUACAGUCGGCUAUCUAACGCAUGCGAAUAGAGUGCCAACAGAGGCACCCGGCGCACUUUCAUACUACCCAACUACUGGUGAUGCCCUUCGAUUCUGGUCUCUGCGCGAAGACAAGAAUGUCCAUUCAGAUGUUCCCCAAGGCUUCCCUGCACAUAUUGACGCUCGAAUGGCGUGGCAGGGAUCGGACAUGGAGAUGCAAUCGGAUGCGUGGGUAGUACUCCUUUCAGAGGCCGACGUGUUCGCACUCGAGGGUGCUAUGCGUGACUUUCGUAAUCAAGCUUUGCAUUUAUCCCAGAUUGACCAGAUCAGCUUUCGCUUGCCAGACCAGCUUGCCAAGCGGCUGGAUGACAUCUCGGAGGAGUGUUACAACGGGCGCGGCUUUUGUGUGAUUCGGGGCUUAGAGCCAGCGAAAUACACCGACGAAGAGAACGUCAUUCUCUAUGCCGGUAUCUCUGCCUACAUCGCCCCGGAACGCGGCUUUCUAGACCGAGCUCGGCAACACGUCCUAUGCCAUGUCUUACCCGCUGCUUUCAGUGCAGAGCAAGACAGGAAAAUCACACCUGGAUUCACCAACGAUGCAAUGAGCUUUCACACAGACGACGGCGAUAUUCUCGCGCUAUACGCAAUGAAUACCGAUCAAAGUGGUGGAAGGACACAGAUUGCCAGUGGGUGGAAGGUGUACAAUGAGCUUGCCUCGUCGCGUGCGGAUGUCCUUCAUACUCUGACGCAAGAUUGGGUUCUUGAUACUUAUCAAGACUACAGCCAAUGGCCCCCAAUCAAGACACCAUUGCUCUUCACUGAUGGGGAAAAAGUCAUGUUCAACUUCUCGAGGUACCCGCUCUGUGGAUUCAGAGGAAACAAGCGGAAUCAGAGCCUCCCUGCACCCACCGAAUCGCAGCUGGAGGCUUUGGACGCCGUCCAUUUCUUCGCGGAGAAAAACUCAAUGUCGUUGCCAACCAAGACGGGAGAUAUUUUGUACCUCAACAACAUGAGCAUGCUCCAUGCGCGAGAGCCUUUCGAAGACCAAGGUACACAAGGGAUGGGGUCUCGAAGACACAUGCUGAAAAUGCAACUUCGUGACCCCAAAAGGACGUGGAGACUUCCCAACAACCUUGUGGAGUCGUGGAAAUUUCUUUUCGCACCAAACCGAGAGGAUGGUGGCAAAGAUGAGAGGUUCAUGAUUACGCCAGAAGAAGGCCACGAGCGUGGCUGGUCAAGCAAUGGUUGA